AUGACCAUAAUGCAAGAUGAAAUUUUCGGCCCGGUAGUAGCAAUUUCCAAGUUUUCGACCGUGGAAGAAGUGAUUGAAAAAGCACAUUUAACAAAAUACGGAUUGGCGGCAGCUGUCUUUACCAAGGAUAUCACUAAAGCUAUUAAAUUAUCCAAUGAAUUAAGAGCUGGAACCGUUUGGGGUAUACCUUUUGGAGGAUAUAAAGAAUCUGGUAUGGGACGGGAUCUUUCAAAAUAUGCUUUAGAUCAGUAUACUCAAGUCAAGACUGUUCAAAUUAAUUUGGGGUUAAAAUUAAAGGGAGGCAUUGAGUAA